AUGGCCAUGGCUUACAAGCAGAAGCUACGACGUUCCAAGCAGCGGAAGGCCCCGCCUCCGAAGGAGAUACCGCCUCUUUGUCCACCGACGCCUCAACGCGCUAGCUUCGUCGAGCAAAAGAAAAGCGUGGAUCUGGUGGAUAGGACCGAUAGGCCUGCAAUCCGUUUCGUGAGGGUAGAGGACAGGCUAAUCAAGGUUCCUGAAGGGCUCUUUGCGCAGAUGUCGGGACGUAUCCGUGAUUCUCUCGGGUUCACAUCUGCCACUGGUGGAGGAUCGACACCUGAGCGGCCCAUCUUCCUUCGAGGGCACACGAGCGAUCAGUUCGAGCAGUUGUUGCGUGCAUAUAAUUCAUACCCGUCUCUCGAUAUGCGCACUAUGACGCUCGACAACAUCCUGACCAUUGGCGAGCUCGCUGUGGGGUACGAAAUGCGUAUCCUCGUCGAGUGGUUGCGCCCGUGCUUGCAUAUCCUCGUCUUAGACCACAACACGCCCCUGCGGACAGCCGGUUCGCGCGUCUACCAGCGCAUGCUCUGGCUCGCGAUGUGCCUCAGAUCGUGGAAGAUCUAUACAUCGAUCGUCGACAAGUGGAUCUCUCGCCUGUACUGGGGCCAGCUGCCGCCUAUCCCAGCGCUCUUGUUCGCGGAUGCGCAUGGGAUAGCACAUCUACUCAGCCAUGCGUGCUACGUCUACCUCGUUGACGUCCAAAAGCUGCUGACGACGGGGAAGAACAUCAACGAGAACGGGGCCCUUAGUCCGCGGCAGGAGAUGUACAUCAAGUCGGGGUACCUCUCGCUCAAGACGACGUGGAGCAAGCUGCAGCGCAACGCGCUCGAGUUCCGGAGCUCGGGGUGUGUGCUGCACGCGCAGUGCGUGAGUGUGUGGAGGCAGCGGUGGAAGGCGUUCGCGAACGCGCCGUGCUCCACAUCGGACGUUGAUGUCCUGAAGCGGCUGUCGUUCAUGGAGGAUAGCUUGAGGGAGGAUGUAGUCCUGGACAGGUGCAUGGCUCCUUCAUGCAAAGCGCUGGCGCUUGGUGCGAUAAAGAGAAGGCGAAAUGAGAUGGCGCUGGAGCUUCACCAUCACUUCGACCUUUGA